GCAGUUUGGGUACAACGUGAGCAGUCGGAUUUGACUGAACUAGAAAAUUAAGAUGCUCCGCUUAUUACUUUGCGUAUUGGCGUGUUGGAUGGCGCUGAGCGUGGCGCGGCCUGCUGACCCCACACCUACAGCGGCCGCCGUCAUCCCCCCUUUAGGUUCCACCCCCUUCCUCCCAGGCGGCAUCAACAACCCCCUAAACCCUUACUACAACCAGUACAAAUAUAACAACGCCGCUGGACCAGCUAUCCCCAUCCUGACUUAUUCUAAUGAACACAACCCCGAUGGAUCUUACUCUUUCAGCUUCACAACUGCUGACGGCAAGCAGGCGCAAGAAGCUGGAUACUUGAAAGACGCGUACAUUGAUAAUAAUGGGGAGCCUCAGGGAACUCAGGUCGUUCAAGGAAGCUACGCAUACAUUUCCCCUGAAGGCACCCCAAUCCAGGUGACUUACGUAGCUGAUGAAAAUGGUUUCCGUCCAUCAGGAGUGCAUAUCCCCGCUGACGGCAAAGCCCUACCCCCGCUCCCAGCGUUCGCCGACGCGAGAAACAGGAGCAUCUACGACCCAGAAUAUAACAGAUACAACAACCCCUACUACAACAACCGCUUCGGCGCUUUCAACCGCCCCUACGACCCUCGCUACCCCUACGACCCUCGGUACCCCUACGACGCGCGACAACAGUACGACGGCAGAUACAACCCUAACUAUAACAGAUACAACCCCUUCCGCCCCGCCAUACCGCUUAACGAAGCGGCUAAAGAAGAAGCGAAGAAAGAAUUGGCAGUUCUUGCGCUGGUGGGUGUAGCGAGAGGUGACGUCAGCAGUUUCCAGCCAUACCAGUCGCAGCAGCAGCAGCAGCAGUACACCACUGAACCCAUCCCCAUCAUCAGACAGGAGCAGGUCAUCAACCCUGAUGGAUCAUAUAAGUGGAGCUAUGAAACUGGCAAUGGAAUAGCAGCCGAAGAGCAAGGGUAUGUUAAGAACCAAGGAGUGCCUGACCAGGAAGUUCAAACUGCCCAAGGACAAUAUCAGUACACCGCCCCUGACGGCCAGGUGAUUCAGCUUCAAUACUUAGCUGAUGAAAAUGGAUUCCAACCACAAGGCGCUCAUCUGCCCACUCCUCCCCCCACCCCACCAGCGAUUCAGAAGGCUCUGGAGUAUCUCGCCACUCUGCCACCCCCCAACGAACGCAAUGAACCCAGCCCCAAGAACUUCGGCAUUCAAUAUUACCACCAAUAGAUCUAUAAUGCUUAGUCAAUGAAGAACAAACAAAGUAAAGAGGCUCAAAGAAUAAAUGUAUAACUAGCAAAUUAGAAUGUUUGUGAUAAACGAAAAAAUAAAAAAAUAUCAUGUUAUCCCUUAGAA